UGUUGAAGUAAAUAGGAAAAAACGACAUGGUUGACACGGUCUACAUAGUAGCUGCAACAAGAACUCCAAUUGGUAACUUUAAUGGAUCGCUAUCCAUGCUGAAAGCUUCCGAUUUAGGUGGCUUUGUUAUAAAAGAAUUGCUGAAAAGAUCGAAUGUAGAUGCAAAUGACGUUGAUGAAGUCAUAAUGGGUCAGGCACUAAUGGCGGGAGAAAGACAAAACCCUGCAAGGCAGGCAUCUUCUAAAGGGGGUCUGCCAUUCAAAGUUCCCGCUUACAAUAUAAAUAUGCUGUGUGGUUCUGGAUUAAAGACAGUUGUUUUAGGUUAUCAAUCAAUAUGUUGCGGUCAUGCUUCCAUAGUUAUUUGUGGAGGACAGGAGAAUAUGAGUGGGACUCCUCAUGCUAUAUAUUUACGCGAAGGUAUUAAACAGGGUACCGGUACCAUGUUUGAUACCAUGUUACAUGACUGUCUCAUCGAUCCUGUGGAGGAAACGCAUAUGGGUAUCACAGCGGAAUGGCUGGCCAAAGAUCAAAAUAUCAGCCGAGAAGAACAGGACCAAUUUGCAUUACGCUCUCAACAUUUAGCGGAAAAAGCCCAGCAAAAUGGUUAUUUCGAUAAAGAACUUACACCAGUGACAUUGAUCGAUAGUCAAGGUACAAAGACAUUUGACAAGGACGAAUUUAUCAAAUUGGGAACUAAGUAUGAAAAAUUGCAAAAAUUGAAACCCUGCUUUAUUAAGGAAGGUACUGUGACUCCUGGAAAUGCUUGUGGUAUCAACGAUUCUGCCGCAGCCGUUUUACUCAUGUCUAAGCAAGAAGUGGAAAAACGAAAACUUGUACCUCUAGCUAAAAUAGUGGCUUGGGCUCAAACUGGUCUCAAACCCAUAGCCAUGGGAUUGGGUCCCGUCUCAGCUAUUAACUCUGUGCUUGUCAAAGCCAAUUGGUCUAAGGAGGAAGUCGAUCUAUUUGAAAUAAAUGAAGCAUUUGCUGCACAAUCUUUGGCAGUGGUAAAAUGUUUAAAAUUGGACGAAUCAAAAGUAAAUAUUAAUGGAGGAGCCAUUGCCUUGGGUCAUCCUAUUGGAGCUUCUGGUACUCGCAUUCUCGUAACACUAUUAUAUGGCCUUGAACGUAUAAAUGGACAAAAAGGUAUUGCAAGUCUUUGCAUUGGCGGAGGUAUGGGAAUCGCUAUGGCUGUGGAAAGAGUUUAA